CUCCGUGGACUUCGGCAAAUGUGCUCUGCGCUACUGCAAACUCCCGCAAUUGUUUCUUUGCCUCUGUAAGAUCGCUUCUCCGCUGUAUUGUGUAUCUCCGAGAUCGCUUCUCCCCUGUAUUUUGAACCUCCGUUUCUUCAAAAAUCGCCUCUUCUCCACAAUUUUGAAUCUCUCCUCUCAACUACCCCGUGAAUCACUGAAACUUCUUGAACUGCCAUUCUAACACUGUGCUGGAGUAAGACUUGUUUUUAAGUUUAAACUGCUUGGGAGCGAAAGACGCAAAGCGCUAUAACUUCUGCUUAACUUAGUCGCUUGUUUAAUUUUCUGUUUCCGCGUGUUAAUAAAUUCCGUUGUUUUUCAAUAAUUUGCCGACUCCAUUCCAUCUCUAUUGUUGCUGGUCCGUAACGCUGCCAACUGUUAGUGACAAAAAUUGAUGUUUUUUCAACAGAAGCUUGUAACGGACGCUACAUGCUGUUACAGAGAGUGGCUGCUCACCUGGAAGAGUAUUACCUUCCAUGGCCAAUGUUGUGUCUCCUGCCUCAAAGCGUGCAAUAAAGUUGCUGGAGUGGUGACCGGGCCAGGUGCAUGACAGAUGCUGUGGUAUCUAUUGUAAAAUGGAUCUGUGAAUGUCUAAUGACAAGUGCUCUGGCAUCAGUUGUGGAGCGAUUCUGUUAAUGAGCAUCGUGGUGAAUGUCUAAUGUUGCAGGAAUGGUGGGUUGGAGAUGAGCCAUUGCUGGCCAUUCAGAGUGAUUCAUGAUUACUGGUGACUCUGCCACUAUUUAGUUCUGCAGGUGUAGAUUGGGUUCAGGGAUGAUGGUGGCUGAUUUGGAGCAUGUGGGGGUAGCAGACUGGAUGAGUGAAGAUGAGUUGAAGAUACUCAUGAGCUGGAGUGUACAGUCCCUGAGUAUUCAGCAUGGAAUAUUGUUUGGGCCAGCCAUCUUACGGAGUUUGACUCUGCAGAGCCCUUGUUGCAUCUGUUGCUGUUACAGAGAGUGGCUGCUCACCUGGAAGAGUAUUACCGUCCAUGGCCGAUGUUGUGACUCCUGUCUCAAAGCGUGCAAUAAAGUUGCUGGAGUGUCAGGGAGGGAGCCAUCACUGGUGAAGUCAUUGCAGUUUUUCCUUGUGUAGUCAGUAAUGCCCUUCGUGAUCAGCUACAUAUGCCAGGGUUCGGUACUGGACAGGUGUUCCUGAACGUUUUUGUGUGAAGGCUCUCAUUGCCCACUUGAUGCCUACGAUGAGGUUUCUCCUGGCGACCCUGAGAAUUGUUCGAUUUCUAAAUAAAUCAGUGAUGCAGUCAACACCUAUCUACGCAGCAUCCGUUAUGGUCACAUAACUACCUCAAAGGCCACAACAUAUUUUUGAGAUGAGAUGAGAAAAUUUCGAGGCUAGAUAAAACAACAACCAACUAAUGUAGGAAUAUUGGGCAUUUAUUGCCUUAUUUUAAGAAGUAUGUGUUGGUCAAUGUACUGAAUGCAUUGGAAAAUGGAAUGUAUCAGAGUCCUGGAGCGCUGCACACAGGCAAAUGAACAUCCCUGAGAUAAAGUGUGAGUGAGCAGGACAUCCCUUUUACGAAACUCUGUCACAUUAUAGGAAAAUUAAUAUCCUGCUUUCUUACUUUGAUGCUCAUGCACAGUUGAAUGAUACCUGGAAUAAUUGCCAUGUGGAUUUCUUGGAAGAAUAUGAAUCAGAUAUUGAAGAGGAAGUGAAUCGGGGAGAUUCUGUGUGUUUACAGGAAGAAAUCCUGAGACCCCUCAAGAUCACUCACAGCCAGUUUCAGCAGGACACGAGUGUGUCAGGACCGGGGGCAUGACAAAUACUCUGGCAUCGGUUGUGGAGCGAUUCUGUUAAUGAGCAUCGUGGUGAAUGUCUAAUAGAGCAGGAGUGGAGUUUUGGUGAAUAAUGCAGAGAAUCAUUGGCAUCUGGUUGUUGGGAAAGAUGAAGAAACAGCUGUUCAACUGCUAGAAGUGGAUCAGGAAGAUUCUGUGGUGCUUACAGGAAGAAAUCCUGAGACCCCUCAAGGUGCAUUGGAUAGGAACAACUGCAGAGGAAUGAGCCACAAUUCCAUUGACAACAGACUGAAAUUUGUUAAGCGACCGGACGAGAUCACAGGAGAUGAUGACCCGAAUGUUUACAGAGUGGAAAUGUCCUGUGGACACGCUGUGGAUCCCAUUUCACUCACGGAAUGGUGUCGUAGCCGUAUCAGCCAGCGUUAUUUCAAAAUACACUGCCCUGCAUUAAUAGAUGGGACUAAUGAAGGAUGUGGAAAGGAAUGGUCCUACAUGGAGGUGUGCAGACAUGCAUUGCUCUCUGUUGAGGAACGACAGGAUUUUGAAGAGAAGCUUGCCACUCUCGCCGCUUCAAGUUACUGUGAAUACAAACAGUGUCCAAGGUGUCAGAGUUAUGUGGAACGGAAAGAUGAGACAAACAUAUCAGUGAUUUGUUCAGUCUGCAGAGCCAACGAUGGAGCUCCUUUUGAAUUUUGCUGGCAAUGUAUGAAGAAGUGGAAAGGCCCAGCGCCACGCUCUGAUAAAUGUGAUAAUGAAGGAUGCAUUAAUGAACAGCUGAAAUGCUUGAAGAAUUGUGACACAAAAACUUUACCUGACAGCAAUAUUCAAAAUUGUCCAAAAAUCCGUGCUUGUCCCACUUGUGGGUUGCUUAUAUGGCAUAAAGAUAAGUGCAAGUAUAUCGCGUGCAGCAGAUGCCAUGUGGAAUUUUGCUUUGCCUGUCUUAACACAAAGGCAAUUUGCAGUGAAUCAUCUGCGUAUUCUCUUCAUUGUGCUAUACCUGUAGCCACAAGGCAAACAAGUAUUCCAGUGUGGAAUCGUACUCAAGAUCAGACCUCCAAUCCCACUUCAGAUUCCUAUUUAUUUGGCACCCCAAGUCCUGCACCACCACCUGCUCUAAGGCCCGCUCUAAUGGCAUGCCUCGCUCUAAUGGCACGCCUCGCUCCAAUGCCACAUCGCACUCCAAUACCACGCCGUGCUCCAAUGCCACACCGUGCUCCAAUGCCACAUCGCACUCCAAUACCACGCCGUGCUCCAAUGCCACACCGUGCUCCAAUGCCACAUCGCGCUCCAAUACCAAGUCCUGCUCCAAUACCACGUCCUGCUCCAAUACCACUUCCUGCUCCAAUACCACGUCCUGCUCCAAUACCACGUCCUGCUCCAAUACCACGUCCUGCUCCAAUACCACGUCCUGCUCCAAUACCACGUCCUGCUCCAAUACCACGUCCUGCUCCAAUACCACGUCCUGCUCCAAUACCACUUCCUGCUCCAAUACCACGUCCUGCUCCAAUACCACGUCCUGCUCCAAUACCACAUCCUGCUCCAAUACCACGUCCUGCUCCAAUACCACGUCCUGCUCCAAUACCACGUCCUGCUCCAAUACCACAUCCUGCUCCAAGUCCCUCUCCAAAUUGUAUUCUGAUUGCUGAACAGAAUCUCAUUCAAAAUCGUGUUCAGGAUUAUUUUUCAAAUUCUAAUUAUGAUUGCACAAUUCUAUAAGUAAACAAUCUAGAUCAGACAUUGCUGAAGGUACAAAAAUGCAGAACAGUCAGUUAAACAUUGUUAGAGUGUAUUAUGUAAUUUGCUUGACCUUUUGUUCUCUUGUGAUGGAUUGUUUCAUUCACUGUUCCGAUCAUGAUGUGAUCUGAGAAUCCAUAAGUAGAAUAAAUAGUUGUCAUUUCAUCUUCCCUAAAACAUCCAGCCCUGCUUUAAAGUGGAUUAAUGCAUUAUAUGUAUAUACAGUUUAAGUGCAUGAUAAUCAUGCCUCUUCAUUUUUCUGCAGCACUCUGUGUAUAAUGUGAGGAAAACAUAACUGAUCGCCUUUGUAUUUACUGUGUUCUUCUGCAAGCACUUCCUGGUUAACCUUCUUGCUUUACUAAGUUUAAAAGUAUUAACCUGUGAAGUGGAUCAAUAUUCAUAUAUCCAAUCAUAGGCUGGUGCAUUAAAUAGUGUAUCAUCUUGCAUGGUAAUGUUAUUAAAAUAUAUUCAACUAUUUUAUAAUCUUUUGUAAAAUAAAAUUUGCAUAGAGCAGA